GGGUGAGUAUUUUCUCAGGGUUUUCCUCUAGGAAGGAAAGAGUAGGAGAAGAUCAGAUUGGAGUUCUGGGCUUGGCUACCUGUUAGAACAAAGGAGGCCCAGAGCUUAAAGAGUGGUUGAGGACACCACCGAAUCCCCUCUACACAGCAGAGAGCAGAUUUAUUUCUCCUCUGUUCCAAUGUUAAAAACAGUCACUGCUAAGAUUCUUCUAUAUUUUUUCACCCAGUGCCCAAUACACAGACAUUUUAGCAAUGCAGAUCACUGAGCCAUCCCCACAAUACUGUUCUUAACCUGUUUGCCCAUCAUUCCAACCUUCAGAGGCUUGGAGGAGGUGGCAUGAGUAAGGGAAGUGAAGAAGGGGAAAUGGUAAUGUGAGCCAUGAAAGCAAAUCAAGAAGAGUGGGCUCCAUGGGGUAUGGCCCGACUGCUUUAAUGAGCAUCAAGUACUAUUUAACCAUAUAGCACACAUCCAAGCAACCAUCAUGUAGGGAAAUUUAUCAGCAUGACUUUAUAGCUCAACAAUAACAUAGAUAUAAAUAUAGAUGUAGAUACAGACACAGAUAUAGAUAGAUAUAUACACACAUGUCCCUGCCUUCAUAGAGUUUAUAUUCUAGUAUCAUAGAUGAACUGUGAAUACAUGAAAUUAGAUUUCCUGUCCUCCUUCCUUGCCUUAUAUUUAUUCCAGCAUGAUGAAUAGACUAGCAUAAUAAUUGUACUUACUUGCCUUGUAUAUAAGCUGGCAUCCACCCUCCCCUUGAAUGUGAGCUCCAUAGGGCAGGAAUUUUUGUUUGUUCUAUCCACUGCUGAAUUUGCUUAAUGUUAAAUUAAGGAAUAAAGUUAGUAUACAUAUCAAAUCAGGUAAUAAAAAGUGCUACAAAGAAUGGUAAAGUCCAUAAGCUAGCAAGCCAUUCCUAAUUGGUGUAGGGUUACUGGAUAGAAUCCUCUGAGGAGAUGACAUUUGAGUAAUGGGAUGAAUAAAGUGAGAGGUCGAGAUCCAGACAUCCACAGGGGCUACUGCCCUCAGAUCUAUCCUUGUUAGGGACAGGUGCCACCUUUCCUCUCUCCCAACAUUUUGCAAAGCACAUGGGUUUAGGGAAGAAUGAUUCUGCCCUGGGAAAUUAUCUCCAGAGAGCUCCAGAGCUCUCAUUUGUAGAUGUGUCUGCUCUGUACCAUGGAAGUUUACACUCUGGGGAGAGCAGGGGUGUUGGUCUUAGUCCGCUGCUGCUUUUCUACUACCCCAAGUUGGGUCUAGACAAUACCAGUAAGGAUGACGUGUAGGGUUCAAUGUUCCCUGAUCUGACCAUCACCUAGAACACCCUUAUGUCAUCUGCUACAGUUAACAUAAGAAGAAUGACAUGGUCCCCGGACUGGUGUGGUUGAUCAACACAGCUUCAUAAGUGGUCAGUUUAAACACUCUUAUCCUCUGUCCCUGGAGAGAAGGCCUAUCCUGUGGUGUAAAAAGACAGAGAAUGUUUUCUUAUCCUCAGUAGAGAUUCAGGAGUCUUCCCCUAUUCCAGACAGGCAGACUUGAAGGUGAUCACAUUUAUGUCUGACCUUGCGCAGAGCAUUGCAGUUGGGGCAUGUCACCAGGUUUUCAGGUUGAAAAUAUUUUCUCAUCCUAACCUGUCUUCCUUCUCUUUGGAGAACAGGACUAUGUGGCACCAUGUUACCAGUCUUUGAUGUCUAGAUUUUACAAGGAGCAGAAAAAAGGAGUAAAUGAUGAACAAUUUCUCUAGUGCCACUGAGUUCUGCCUUCUAGGCUUUCCUGGGUCCCAAGAACUACACCACAUUCUUUUUGCCAUAUUCUUUUUCUUCUACUCAGUGACAUUAAUGGGAAACACAGUCAUCAUUGUGAUUGUCUGUGUGGAUAAACGUCUGCAGUCUCCCAUGUAUUUCUUCCUUGGUCAUUUGUCUGCCUUGGAGAUCCUGAUCACAACUAUUACUGUGCCCAUGCUGCUUUGGGGAUUGCUGCUUCCUGGGAUGCAGACAAUAUCUCUGGCUGCAUGUGUCACCCAGCUCUUCCUGUACCUUGCUGUGGGGACCACAGAGUUUGUGUUACUGGGAGCGAUGGCUGUGGACCGUUACGUGGCUGUCUGUAACCCUUUGAGGUACAACAUCAUUAUGAACAGCCACACCUGCAUCUGGGUAGUCAUUGUGUCAUGGGUGUUUGGGUUCCUCUGUGAAAUAUGGCCAGUCUAUGCCACAUUUCAGUUUACCUUCUGCAAGUCAAAUCUGUUAGACCACUUUUUUUGUGAACGCGGGCAACUGCUCAAACUAUCCUGUGGUGACACUCUUUUCACAGAGUUUGUUCUCUUCUUAAUGGCUGUUGUCAUUAUCAUUGGUUCACUGACCCCAACAAUAGUCUCCUACACCUACAUCAUCUCUACCAUCCUCAAGAUCCCCACAGCCUCGGGCCGGAGGAGAGCCUUCUCUACGUGUGCUUCUCACUUCACCUUUGUUGUGAUCGGCUAUGGCAGUUGCUUGUUCCUCUAUGUGAAACCUAAGCAAACACAGGCUGCUGAGUACAACAAGAUAGUUUCCCUGUUUAUUUCUGUGGUAACCCCUUUCCUGAACCCUUUCAUCUUCACCCUGCGGAAUGACAAAGUCAAAGAGGCCCUUCGGGAUGGUAUGAAACGCUGCUGUCGACUGGUAAAGGAUUAAAUCUCUCUACAUCAGUUUUGUGACAAUGUCCUCACUAUACAUUUUUCAGUAACCUAGAAAACCCCACCUUUUCUCUUAUCAUUAUUUUCCCUUCAAAAAUCAGUAGUGUACAACUUAUAAUCAGGGCCAUUGAAGAAGACAUGGCAGGUAAAAAAGAAACCCAUUUUCUGCCUAUUAGAUUCUCAUUCCUCAGUUUCUGAUGGUUCCCGACUUGAACCAUUGAUGCCUAUCCUUGGGAAGUGGGAGGAUUAGGUAAAGGUAAUGCAUACAUGUUUGUAUUUUUCCAUAGCUCAAUUAAUUCGCCUACAAUGCAUUUUUGAAGAUAUAUUUCUUAGUGGAGGAAGGAAGUGGGAAGAAGGGGAGGGGAGGCAUCUGCCAUAAUAAGUACCAAGGGAGAGAUGCUCACUUUGUUU